GACACGUGUACGGUUCAGAUGAGAUAAGAAGACCGCCAUUAUAGAUGGGUCAAUGACUCAAUUAUCCAAAUCAAAAUAUCUGACUCAUUCCCAUUAUUCCUUUAACCUCAUCUUCUUCUUCUUCUUCGUUUCGUAUCAGUUCUUUCUCUCUGUGAUCCGAUCUUUAGGAUGAUUCUCCACUGAUCUGAAUCUCUGAUUCGUUUAUUGAUUUGUGUUUGAUUUCGGUGACAGAAACUAUUAGCAGCAAGCUGUUUUGUUGUUUGUGUGUGUUUUUUUUUUGAAUCUGUAGAAAUUUUAGGGUUUAUAAGGGGAAAGUGGGUUUCGAAGAGCAUCGUAUAAUGCCUUCGGUGCCCAUUAGACGUCCUUUGCUUCCUUGUGUCACUUCCUUUCAUGGUGGCUCUUGUACUCAUCGUCUGAAACAUCUUGAAAAAAGCGAUCGUCGUGGUAAUCUUAGUUAACAUUAGGUUUUUUUUUGUUCUUUGAUUUUGAUUUGGAUUUCUUUUCUUUUCCUCUAUACCUAUCUGUUUACCUCUUAGCUUUUAGCUAGGGUUUCUGGGUUUCUGUUUUUAUUUUUUGAUCUUUGGGAUUGACGAUUAAUACAAAGCUUGGAUCGCCGUAUCAAUACGAUUUCCAGAAUCUGUGUCUGUAGAUGGAAGUUAGCUCUUGUUCUGAUAAGUCGGAGUGGUGUCAAGAUGUAGCCAGCUUUGGAAGUUUGCAAUCUUCAGUCAAGGAAAAUUACUAUACUGAAUUUGAUAGUGUCGAUGAUUUGGUGAAUGAACUUGACACUGCAAUUUCCCUCACUUUACAUGUUAAGGAAAAUGAACAAGUGGAGCAAUUGGAAUGUGACUUUGAAGAUUCUUCUAAUGGAAAUGAGGAUCAUGAUGAUGGUGAUGAUGUUAGUAACGUGAAUGAGAUUGAGUAUGCAAAUCAAUCUCAGAAGUCACUGAACAAAUGUUCAUCCUUACCAUGCCCCCAUAGAGAGGAUGGGGAACUUGGAACAUCUAUGAAAGGAUCCUUCUCUAAGGAUUCUUCCUGGAAUGCCUACUCUCGUUCAAUAUCUUUGCCUAGCCCUUUGAAGCUUGUAUCUGCCAUGAAAGGUAGCCGUGAGAAACGGGGUGCAUCAGUGAGGAAGCUUAGUGUGUCAUGGGCCCCUGAGGUGUACGAUCCAAUUCCGACAUCCUUAUCACAUACAUUCACAGGAAACAAGAAACAGCAGCACAAGUCGAAGAAUAGCAAGAAGAACUGGAAGAACAACGGAAAGAAAGGGCAGAAGGGAAGCUCUUCUAGUUCUCGUGGGAGCAGUGGCAAAGACAAGAAACACCACCGCGGUAAAUCUUCUGGAAAUUCUAGUGGUUGUUAUAGUAAAUCAAUUGAUAGUCGUGAAAGGGUGGUGGAUGCUAAUGAUGAUUUUGAUGAUUUUACGGUUGGUAGCCCAGACUCGAAGUCCUAUUGCGGGACUUCCUUUUUGAAGAACUCGCAUACUAAGAUGCAUUAUCCGGUGGCUGAAGCCUUGUGAGUUAAGGCGAUUUCCGUCCAUCUAAGUCUACACCUACAUGUCCAUCUAUGCUGUGUAUAAAUAAUUCUAGUGUUUGGUGGUUGUUUUUUUUUUGAAGAGAACAUGAACCAUAUGAUAUGAUAUGUUAUUUGGUUGUGUGACAUUUUUAUUUUGUCAAACAAUGAACAUUGUGGAGUUGAUUUCUUUCUUUCGAUUA